AUGGCUCAACUCGAUACGCUGGACAUUGUUGUCCUUGGCCUCAUCACUUUAGGCACGAUUGCCUACUUCACAAAAGGCAAAUAUUGGGGGAUUAGCAAAGAUCCGUAUGCAAAUGCAUUCUCCAACGCCAAUGGAGUCAAGGCAGGAAAAACGAGAAACAUCAUCGAGAAGAUGGAGGAGAGCGGUAAAAACUGCAUCAUCUUAUAUGGCUCUCAAACUGGUACUGCUGAGGACUACGCCUCGAGGUUAGCUAAGGAAGGGAAGAGUCGAUUCGGUCUAGAAACCAUGGUUGCCGAUCUCGAAGACUACGAUUACGAUAACCUCGAUUCGAUCCCUUCCGACAAGGUGGUUAUGUUCGUCCUUGCUACGUAUGGUGAGGGAGAACCGACUGAUAAUGCUGUCGAAUUCUACGAGUUCAUCACCGGCGAAGAUGUUGCUUUCUCUCAAAGCGCUGACCCUCCUCUUGCCAAUCUCAACUACGUCGCUUUCGGCCUCGGAAACAACACCUACGAACACUACAAUUCCAUGGUCCGCAACGUUAAUAAGGCUUUGCAGAAACUAGGCGCCAACAGAAUUGGCGAGGCCGGAGAAGGUGAUGAUGGUGCCGGUACUAUGGAAGAAGACUUCUUGGCAUGGAAGGAUCCCAUGUGGGCUGCCUUGGCAGAAAAGAUGGGUCUCGAAGAGCGUGAAGCUGUCUAUGAACCUAUCUUCGGUAUUGUCGAGCGCGAUGGUCUCACUAAGGAUUCUGCUGAAGUAUAUCUGGGCGAGCCUAACAAGAUGCACCUUGAAGGUAGUGCCAAAGGUCCCUUCAACGCUCACAACCCGUACAUUGCACCAAUUGCCGAGUCUAAAGAAUUGUUCUCCGUUAAAGAUAGAAACUGUCUUCACCUGGAAGUGGAUAUCAGCGGCUCUAACCUGUCAUACCAAACUGGUGACCACAUUGCGAUCUGGCCAACGAACGCUGGGCGAGAAGUUGAUCUAUUCCUCGGCAUUCUGGGACUUGAAGACAAAAAGGAUACCGUCAUCAGUGUAAAAGCUCUUGAACCCACUGCCAAGGUGCCUUUCCCUACUCCCACGACUUUUGAUGCUAUUGUUCGAUAUCAUCUCGAAAUUGGUGCUCCUGUGUCUCGUCAGUUCCUAGGUACUCUGGCUGCAUUCGCUCCCGAUGACGCUACGAAGGCUGAGAUGGCUAAGCUCGGUAGCGACAAGGACUACUUCCAGGACAAGAUCAGCAAGAACCACUACAACAUCGCCAGGACCCUGGGUGUCGUUAGUAACGGUCAGAAAUGGACAAACGUUCCCUUCUCGGCGCUCAUUGAAGGCCUAACCAAACUUCAACCACGUUACUACUCUAUUUCCUCAUCCUCAUUGGUUCAGCCUAAGAAGAUCUCCAUCACUGCUGUUGUCGAAAACCAACUAAUUCCCGGUCGUGCUGAACCCUUCAGGGGUGUAGCUACCAACUACCUGCUUGCUCUCAAACAGAAACAAAACGGCGAUCCCAAUCCCGAGCCGUUCGGACUCACCUACGAAAUCCAUGGACCAAGGAACAAGUACGACGGUAUUCACGUCCCUGUGCACGUACGCCACUCAAACUUCAAGUUGCCGUCCGACCCAUCUAAGCCUAUCAUUCUCAUCGGACCCGGUACUGGUGUCGCACCUUUCCGUGGAUUUGUCCAAGAACGCGCUAGGCAGGCCGAAAACGGAGAGAAUGUCGGUCGUACGAUACUUUUCUUCGGUUGCCGGAAACAAAAUGAGGAUUUCAUGUACAAGUCGGAAUGGGAGCAAUACAAGAAGGCCCUCGGCGAUAAUUUCGAGCUCAUCACCGCUUUCUCGCGAGAAGGACCCAAAAAAGUAUACGUACAACAUCGACUCAAGGAAAGGGCCCAGGAGGUCAACCAACUAUUAGAGAAGAAGGCGUACCUUUACGUGUGCGGUGAUGCGGCCAACAUGGCCCGAGAGGUUAACACUGUGCUGGCCCAAAUUAUUUCAGAGCAACGGGGUAUCUCUGAAGCUAAAGGAGAGGAGAUCGUGAAGAACAUGAGGGCGGCGAACCAAUACCAGGAGGAUGUCUGGUCAUAA